AUGACCGCUCAACGAUUAUUGGCGUGCUGCAGCACGCGGUUUGCACUACCGGCUGCGGCGCGCGUUAAAAUUGCGCCAAACUGCGGCGGCGGCAUUUGGCUCCCGCGGUGUGGUUUGGAAGCCAUCCUUACACGCCCAAAGUGUGCGAUUUGGAGAUCGCUCCACUCGGUUUCUGGACUCGUGCCGUCUGGAUUCGCCUGGUUGUGUUCUCGCCAGGGACAUACUAUGAAUGUGGAGAAGCUCAAGAAGAUGGCGGGCGCUGUGCGCACUGGAGGAAAGGGCAGCAUGCGCAGGAAGAAGAAGGCAGUUCACAAGACCACAACCACUGAUGACAAGCGGCUUCAGAGCACGUUGAAAAGAAUCGGAGUGAACACUAUUCCUGGUAUUGAGGAGGUCAACAUCUUCAAGGAUGACGUUGUUAUCCAAUUUCAGAACCCUAAAGUGCAAGCAUCCAUUCCUGCAAAUACAUGGGUAGUCAGUGGAGUACCCCAGACAAAAAGUCUGCAAGACCUUCUGCCAUCAAUUAUCAACCAACUGGGCCCUGAUAACCUGGAAAACCUUAAGAGGCUUGCUGAGCAUUUCCAGAAGCAGGUACCUGGUGCUGAAGCUGGCGCCGGUGCAGCUGCACAGGAUGAUGACGACGUGCCUGAGCUUGUCCCAGGAGAGACAUUUGAGGAGGCUGCGGAAGAGAAGAAGGUGCCUGAACCGGAACCGGAACCGGAAGAGAAGAAAGAAUCAUAA